UCGUUCACAGCACGCUCCGCUUUUCGCGCUCAAAGCCACGCGAUCGGGCACAUGCACCAACUCCCUGCGUUAGUCAAUUACGAUGAAAAAGUGCGAAGUUUAGGAAACUUUGUGAAUAAUUGCUUGGACAGUUCGGAAGUUUUUCUGGACUUUCCGAAAUGUCUCCCGAGACCCCGUCGAGUUCUGGAAGUGAAACUUCGAGACCACCGUUAAAGACGGCUGAGGAAAGGUUGAUGGUGGCCGUUAGGAUAAGACCACUUAAGGCUGACGAACCUGCGAGAUGUUUAUAUGCUUUGAAUAAGAAGCACGUCAUCCUGGAAGAUAAUGAAAAAAGUAUAAGGAAUCAAAGUAGUAGGAGAGGAAAUGAUAAGCAGUAUUCUUUCGAUGUUGUCUUCGGAGAAGAAUCAACACAGGAGGGGGUUUACGAAGUUACAACGAGCAGCUUGGUCAAAGAUGUAUUGAACGGAUAUAAUGCUACGGUAUUCGCUUAUGGCGCAACAGGAGCUGGUAAAACGCACACCAUGGUUGGUUAUCCUGAUAAACCAGGAAUAAUGGUGAGAGCUCUAAAUGACCUUUUCGAAGCAGUGAAAGAAAAAGAGGAUGAAUUUACGGUCACGAUGUCAUACCUGGAACUGUAUAAUGAGCAAAUACGAGAUCUUUUGAACCCCAGCUCGGGAUACCUAGAGUUAAGAGAGGAUGUCAGAGAAAGAAGUAUUCAGGUAGCAGGACUAUCAGAAAUAUCCACAAAUUCUACAGAUGAGGUCAUGACUCUUCUGCAAAAAGGCAAUAGGGCCAGAACAGUUGAACCAACAGCAAUGAAUAAAACCUCGUCUAGAAGCCAUGCCUUGCUAAGUGUAACAGUACGCCACGCUAUACCAAUUGACAAGACCGACCACCUCAGGAUGAAGGUGAAGCAAGGGAGGCUCUUCAUGAUUGACUUGGCAGGAUCAGAGAGAGCUAACAAAACCAAAAACAGAGGGAAGAGGCUACAAGAAGGUGGACACAUCAACAGAUCGUUGUUAGCUCUGGGAAACUGCAUAAAUGCAUUGAGCGGGGGUGCUAGAUACGUAAAUUAUAGAGAUUCCAAGCUCACAAGGCUUCUUAAAGAUGCCCUGAGUGGGAACUGUAGAACAGUGAUGAUAGCUCACGUCUCUCCAAGUUUCUCACAGAGAGACGAAUCGAGAAAUACUCUGGUUUACGCCGACAGGGCCAACAAUAUAUCUACCAAAGCUGAAAUAAAUACUUUGGAUGUAUCUUAUCAUGUUUCUCAAUACCAGAAUGUCAUAAGUGAAUUGCGAAACGAAAUAGGGAGAUUACAGCAAAAGAUGAAAGAAGACAGACCAAGAUCAGCAGAUUUGAAUAGAAUGAAUGCCGAAGAAAGGAGCCGAGAAGUGAGGAAUUUGAGAGAACAGAUCGUUGAUACUUUCAAGAAUCAGAUGAAAUUGAGAAGGAAGCUAAUGGAGAUAGAUUCCCACCUAUUAGGACUUGGAAUGGAAGUUGAAAGACAACAUCUGAUAAUUGCUCAUUGGGAAUCAAGAAACAACAAGUUGUAUAAAAACACUAUUAACGAGUCCAGAGCCAAAACUCAGCAGAGCAUAAGACGACGUUAUCUUAGCACCUCUGAUGGCUUCAGAUCUGCUGGGAAUGAUGACGCAAAAGAUGAAAUAGACGAAGAUGCCGAGGGAGAAGUUGCCAUACAGCAAGCCUGGAGAGAACUCGCCGAUAUCGAAAGAGAACAAGAAAGAUGGUCGGAAUUGAAGACACACAUAGAUCAGAAAUUAGAAGUGUGUAGACAGAGAGGAGUGACAUUGGAAGAUAAAUUACCUUCUUUGCUUUCUUCCGAUGACGAAAGAGAAAUAUUGGCAUUGAUGUGUAGAGUUCAUGAACUAGAGGCAGACAAAAUGGCACUUCAGUCAGAAAGACUCAUCAGACAGCAUGAGCUACGUAGAAGAGAUCUAACAAUACUGAGGUACGAUCGCCAGAGACAGCUUUCUGAAGAGAUCAUAACGAGACAAAGGAAACUUAUAGAAGAUUCAAGAUUGAAACUUCCACCUGACCUUCAGGACUUGUAUCAACUAUACCAGCAGGAAAUUCACGCAGCUAGCUAUGCAGAAUCUGCUACUUCUAGAGAUGAAGACAAAUUACCUCCCAUCAGUAAAAUCUACUCUGAACCUUUUCUCAAACCAGCAAUGGAAAGCAGCGAUGGUAGUGGACAUUCACCGCCAUCUAGUGCGGAUUCAGAAGAAGUAGGUUUACCAAAGAUGCGCGACAACAGCAUCGAUAGGUUGAUGGGUCAAAUGAUAAACAGGCCACAUCACUUCAUGAAAUUACCUCCACUACCUCCAACUCCCCCAACCGUAGGGCACAGAAAUCCCCUUGAUGACGAUGGUAUAUAAUUAAUUAUAUACCUACCUAAAUGUUUGAAAUGUUACUUUCAAUUUUUCAUCACCCUCAACAUUCAAAUAACUACUUUGUAUAAUAAUACUUUCUGAAAUAUUGCAUGUGGAUUGUACAUAUGUAUAUAAUUUAAUUUUCUUAGGAAUUUCGUUCACUUUCGAACUAUUUUAUGGAGGUUUCAAUAAAGAUUGGUUUUCUUGUUCACA